AUGGGGAAACGCAUUGUGAUCACUGGUGGCUCUGGCAAAGCUGGGCAGCACAUUAUCAGAUAUCUUCUCGAAAAAGGCCAUGAUAUCCUCAACCUUGACCUCGUUCCUCUUCCCGUUGAGCUUGGAGAGCGAGUCCACACCAUGCGUGUGGACUUGACAAACAGCGGACAGGUAUAUAGCGCACUAGGGUCACAUUUCCACUUGACAGAGCCAUUUCGUGAGCCGCUCGGGUUGGUUCCCGAUGCAGUAAUCCACAUGGCUGGGUACUCGCGCAACAUGAUUGUUCCAGACGAAGAAACCUUCCGGGGCAACACUUUAGCAGCAUAUAAUAUCAUUGAAGGUGCCUCGCGGCUUGGCAUUAAGAAGAUCGUCAUCGCCAGCUCCAUCACUGUCUACGGGGUGACUUAUGCAGAGGGAGACGUGGAUUAUCUCUCCUUCCCUGUCGAGGAAACCGACGAUGCAAACCCAAUGGAUACCUACGCUAUCUCGAAAGUGUGCAGCGAGCGCGUUGCGCGCGGAUUCGCCCGCCGCUAUGGAAGCGACAUCUAUAUCCUGCGUAUUGGACGCAUUGUUGCCCCCGAAGAAUACCAAGAAUCCAUGUUCCGCUCGUAUAUUGUGGAACCCGAGCAAUGGGCACCGCAUGGCUGGGCGUACGUCGAUGCUCGAGAUCUUGGGCAGAUGUGUGAUCUUGCAGUCCAGAAGGACGGGCUCGGGUUCCAGAUCUUCAAUGCGGUCAAUGACGAAAUUACGAAUUACGAGAAUACCGCUGAGUUUCUUGCGCGGGUUUGCCCCAAAGUCCCGAUUACGCGAGAGUUGGGGGCCAGAGAGGCCCCAAUCAGCAACCGCAAAAUCAAAGAUCUGCUUGGAUUCCGGGAGGAGCAUCACUGGAUGAAGUAUUGUGGAUGA